CAAUUAAUUUAUUUGUAUUUAAAAUUCUCAGGUAGAAAGAAAGAAAAUGUUCAUCAUAAUUUAUAAGUUAAUGCAUGCAAUUUAACUUAUGAGCUUAACAUAUUUUAAAAUCUAAAACACUAAUGGACCAUUUCUCCCACAAACUACAUUUAACUCACUAUUUACAGUACUUCUAUUGAUUCAGAAUUUGUAUCCAUAUCUCAAGACUAUGCAAACUUUUUGUAGUUAUGUAUGAAACUAUUAAGAUGUGACUUCCCUAGAUUUGUUUAUCUCUUUUCUGUUUUUAGCCACCAUUCUGAACUGUCAUGCAGUUACAUUUGAACGCGGGCUGCCAGCCAGUACCUCCCCGCCGCUGGGGCUGAACCGGGCGACCAGUCUGGGGGCGGGAUGGACAGCACUUGUCUUGUAGAGGCCUCGUUCUGAUUUGCCCCUCUUCUCUUCUCGUCUUCCCUCCUGUUCUCAUGCUCAACCAACUGUGACCGUUCGCCUGUUCGCCCGAUCGCCUGUUCGCCUCACCGUGCCACGCUCUGCUCUCUGUGCCUGCAUGAUGCCACUGCAUGGCCUGCCCGCCCGUGUCCGCCCGUUCGCCCACUCCCGUGCAUGCCAUCGUGCGUGUGCGCGUCAAGAGCAUCCCCUUCCUGGCUACCAGCCCGGGCAAGGACCGUGUGGUCCUUGUCUAUAGCGACAAGAUUGAAGUACGAACCAAGAAGCAUCAACGUGGAGCAACACCAGAAUCAACAGCCCAUGAUGAAGAACUCAAUGACAUACAGAUUCGGAUGCAGUCAAACAGGUCACCACCUAGUGAGCCAACACCAGAUCGACUUUCAAGAGCCAGUUUGAACCAAACAAACUCAGGAGGAGGAACAGGCGCUGGAACUGGGGGAACAGGUGGUGGUGGGUCAGCCUCAUUGGUUUCAAUCAGCAAACCUAAUUCUACCACAUCAUCAACUAUGACUGCUUCAGUGGUUGUUAAUCUACCAGCCUCAUAUCCUGGUUCUGAGGUGGAGCCUACAUCACCGGCCUCACCUAGUGCCUCGCCAGCUACAUCACCUGAUCAGCAACCAGAGGUGCGCAUCUCCACUUUGUGAACCAAAAUUACAAAUAUUCCAACCCACAACACCAAAAGAUAUUGAAAACACUUUUCAUGCCACUGUUCUUGUCAUUAUUCACUCCCCAUUCCUGGCAAUGCCAUGCUUUAGAUCUUUUGACAACUUGCCAUUCCAUAGUUGACCAAAGGUAACCAGCUUCUUCAGAAUAUGGCUGUGUAAGAAAUCAGUCUUUUACCUUGCCUGAACUCUCUGGAAUAUCUUCAGAACUAUGGAGUAAUAUGAAUAAAAAAUAAUAUAAAAAUUACAUUGUUGAGACUGAUACUAUAGGUGAGUGAAACAUGAGUGAAACAUUGUAACAUUCUCAUGAGAUAGUUGUUAAAAUGGCAUGAAAGUCUUGUGCUUUUCCUAAUGAAUAGUCAGGCAUGAGUACUUUUAAUCUUUAAGUUACAAGUAAUCAUUGUUACCUUUGAACAAAUAAAACAAAGGAUACAUUAUGUUUGAAGAAAUGUUAUAUAAACAAAAAUGAACACCAAUUUGGUGUCUUUUUGUUACAAUCGCAUGAAUGAAUUUUAAUUAUAUGUGCAAAAGUGCAGUUCAUACUUUGAAGGAAAUAAACUUCAAUUAUAUAACUUCCCAUUUGUCUGUUGUUAAAAGAUUAUGGUUUUCUAGUUUUAGGGUAUGAAAAUUUACAUAAAAAAGGACUAUUGUUAUAAUGUAUUCCUCUCAGAGAAAAGAAUCUUUGUCUCCCAUUUCUCAUUUCAAAAGAAUAAUAUUCAUGGCAAAAAAUGUAUCAUAUUUGUACAGACUGAAACUUGUAAUGUUUUCAAUAUUUUAAUGCACAAGAAUUUGAGGAUAAUGGCACAUAAUUGCAAAUCCUGUGACAUGUCAAUUACUGAACAGGUGAGGAGCAAUAUUAAAAGAAAAUGUAUAAAAGAUGUUUUAUUUAAAUUGUUCUUGCUCCUUCAGAUUUACCAGCAUUCUCACUGCAUAUAGAAUUUGAGUAACUUAACAACAUUAUGUAUCAUGUGCUGUCAAAAUGAGUUUAAAACAAUUGCAUUUCUAUCCAAAUGUGUUUAUCCCCUAACCAUGUUGAUGCAAACUGUGCCAGUGGUGUGUCACUACUGUGACAUUACUCAAUACCUACAAAAACUGUAGCGUGGAACACUUUCAUACAUUUAUACUUGCAUUGUACAAAAGAUAUUGGUGUACUUACUGUUUUUAUAACUGGGUCUAUUAGAAAAAUGUGUAAUAUUUUAUCCAGUUAUUUGUACAAUCCUGUUAAUAAUUGCAGAUCAAGAUAUAAUAUUGUUCUAUUUAAUAUUUAUUUUAUAUGCAGUGAGAUGUUCUACAGGAAAGCAAAAUGGUGAUAUAGAAUUGUUCAUUUCCUCAAAUAACAAAUGUAUGUAUACAGAAUUUCACAAUUCAUAUUUUAAAAAAUAUCACCGUACCAUGCACCAAACCCAAGGUGUUUCAAAGAAAAAUGUAUCAAGAACUAAAAUAUCAAGAAAACAACACCUUUCUGGUUUUUAUUUAUUCUUUAAUUGCAUGCUGUUUCUAUGGUGCUCUUCAACAAAACAGAAAAAGGUGAUUAUUCGAUUAAAUUAACUGGGAUAAAUGAAAAGUUGAAAAACUGUGGUAUACAUUUUCUUUAUUUUAAAUGUUCCCAAUUAGAAAUUCUAGGAAAUAUUGGCUGAUUGCUAAAACAAUAUUAAUAAAAAUCAGUGUGGUAAUAAUUUGUUAAUGUUUGUUGUUCACUGAAAAUAUUAAUUUUGUGAAAUCUGUGUUUUACAAACACCAAGAAUAUUCCUCUAGUAACUUCUGAGAAAUACUGUCACUGGCUCUAUAUAUUAAAAUUAGAAUUAACUAAAGACUGAGUUCAACUCUUGGCAUUUAUAAUUAUGUCAAUGAACAUGUUUUUAGUAACCAAGAUACAUGCACAAUUUAUUAUUUUCUAAAUGAUAGUCAUUUUUCAAAAUAUCACAGAAUAUUUGUAUUAAUUCCAAAGCAAAAAUAUUAAGUAUAUUCUGUAGUACCUGUUAUACUUAUGAGUUAUUUAGAACACUAAGAAUAUUGUUAAUACAUAAGAGAGAGCAAAAAUAAAAAAUAUCCUUGUUAUAACAAAAAUGCAUGUGUUUUUGUACACAUACACUUAUACACAACAACACCACACUCUUAGUACUUUCACAAAUGAUCCAAGUCUCUUCAUGUGACAAUGAAAUAAGCCUGAUAAGAACACGAUUUUUCAUUAUAACUGUUAUUUAGUUUUAUUACAAUAUGGCUUAUAUAUGGAGUUUUGCAUUGCAUAAAAAUAUUUACCUUUGAUAAAUACCAUUUGCAAUUCUAAGAAAAAAGUAACAGCAUAUGUUAAAAGCAUGAAAUGCCAAUAAUUUAAUAAUUAAAUUUGUAAAGGGAAUGUUUUAACUUUGCAAAAUAUUUUCAAAAAAAUUGCAGGGAAAUUAAUAUUAAUAUAACGAAGUUAUCUUUUUACAUCCAAAUUUAAUAUAAAUAAUUUUUAAUUCCAUUGGUUGAUAGAAGAAGACUUUGUUUUGUAAUAUAUUACAUUGGAACUGUAGAUCAUGGAAAUAGAAAUGAGCUAGACAGAUUUUAGAAUACAUACACAAACAGAUAUAAUUAUAUAGAAACUUACAUAAUGUAUACACAUGUGUAUGUCUUUAUAUAAAUAAGUGUAUGUGUACUUACACACAUUUGUUACGCAUUGAGAGAUUGUGUGCGCCACUUAAUACUACAAUUCUUCCAAUAUGUAUAGAUAAUUUUGAUUGACAGAGGAUAUUGCUUGCCACAUUCCACAUAAUAUGUUUGAAGCUCUGAAAAUUACCUUGAGUGUCUACAUUUUAUUGAUGAUAUUGAAAAUAACUGCUAUCUUAGCAAUUUAUUCAUGAAUUUCUAAUUGAUAAAACAAAUAAGUAUAAAUCAGCAAAUUCAAUAUUGUUAAUAUUUGUUUUGAAGCAUUUUGUGGACAUUUUUUGCAUCCUUUUGUAUAAUAUGUCACAAGAAACUAAGCAGCUAUAUCUUGGCUUUCAAAUAAGGAAUUUUAUUUAUGAAUGUAAAUUAUGCAUAAGAUACAAAUUGUUUUACUAACAUGUAUUUCCACAUAAAUUCAGAUUAAUUAAUUUUGCAAGAUUUCAUUACUUCAUGAUAAGUAAUGAUUUUAACACGUCAUUUACAAUAAAGAAUGCACUGGCCAGUAAAGUAAUGUAUUAAAUACCAUACAUAUUCAUUUCAAAAAUUUAUUUUAUAUUUUCCUUAGAUAAUACAUUUGUUAGUCUUAUUCUAGUACAACAUGAUGCUUUCUUCUGCAUCUUGCAGGGAACUCAAUUUCUGAACUUGCAUAAAAAGUACAUCAGCACAUUCAGCAAUAUAUAAAGAGACAUUUUAAAUGUGAACAAAAUCCAGAUAAUAUUUUUAGUCAUGCAAUGAAGAAUGAGAAUGAAUAGAAUAAGCAGGGUAGAAAAGAAAUUAAUAGUAUUUUGCAAUACUGGAGGACUUCCAUGGUUUGAGGAAAUAGUGAUGAAUACUUGACUAAUGUGUAAUUUAGCUACAGCACAUCUCAUUGAAACACUGUUUCCUCAUGAACUUGAACUAAAAAUAGGCCCCUGUUUGUAUAAUUGUCAGUGAUCAUUUCAAUUCUAAAUGUUGACUUUAACAGAGAAUGGUAUUGAUACUGUAUAUCCUAUUUCACAAAUUCUAAAAUGCAAAUAAAAACUAAAUCCAAUUGCUAUCACUGACUGGAAUGUUAUAUUAUUUAUGAGAUAAAAUUUUGUUGUUUCUAUGUUCCUUUUCUAUUCAUAAAGAUAUAGCCUACUGGUGGAUAAAUAAUGUAAAAAAAUUAUAUUCUAUAAAUAAGUUAUUCUAGCAUUUACAUUCCCAGAUAGUACUAUCCUGAUAUAAUAUUCUUUGCAAUCAUAAAAUAU